AUGGCGAAAGAAGCAUCGCUGACCUUUCCUCUGGUGCUGCUUUCCGUCUCAUUUGUCUUUACAGUCUAUCUGAAUCGCCAGGUUAUCAAAAAGGCCCUGCAAGACUGCGGAAACCUCUUCUCGCGCUACAUUCACAAGACACAGGGGAAGACUUGCCAAGUGAUUUGCCGUACUGUGUGUCGCAUCCGCCAAUGCUUUGCCCGGCGUCGCCCGCCCGGGCAGAAUGCGGAAUAUGAGCUACUCGACAUGUCCAGCAACACUGCCGCUGUGGUGGAUGCCAUGGAACCCGAAUACACAUCUGAACCUGAAUCAAGCAGCACCAGUAUCUACAACACCGAAAGCAAAGAAUCGAGAUUGCAUAGUGAUAUCAUUAUAUCCGACAGCUCCAGCAGCGACUCGCAGGACGACAAGAUCUACUCACCACGGGCCCGCCAUCGACUAUCCACACACAAUAUUGACCGCGGCACAAACGAAAUGACACCUCAAAUCACAUCAAUGGCCUGGGAGAUCGAACACGCACGCCGUAUGCAGCAGGGAGGACCUAGCACAUGGCUCCACCAGAUGGUUGACUGGACAGUGGAGCGCGUGCAAGUCAGCUUCGAAGCCAGCAACCCGAUCAACCAGUACGCCUCCUACAUCAGGCACGAAGAAGAACAGGAAGGCAGUGUUGAGCAUGUCGAGUGA